AUGGACCAUAACCAGCUUGAUCUAGGCUCCAUGCCUCUGUCGCAAACAUCAGCCCCAGAUCAUGUUGAACUUCUUAGUGGAAAAGGUUCGCCCGGGAGUGCCGUCACGAUCGGUGUGACACAAUCCGCUCCUUACCAUCGGCGUCAUUCACGGGGAUAUUCCGGAGACGAGCGAUUGAAGUCGAUAGAUGAAACGGAGAGCAUGCGAGAUGAGUCGUACGACAUGAUAGAACCAUUAACGCCCACAAAGGCUCGCGGGUUCGGUGCAGGGCAAUCCGCUGCCUCGUCAGUACUUCGACGAUUGACCACCAAAAUCAACCCCAUGUCACGAGGCACAUUUCGAUCCACCAAGCGGUCUCAAGGCAGGGAGUAUGCGACCUUGGGCGACAGUGAGGAGGGCCAAGCUGCUGCUGUGGAUCUUUCGUCGUUGGAGGGCAUGGGCUGGGAGCUCACUGACUUGUCAAAUCCUGACACCGCGAGGCUCCAAGAUGAGGAAACCGAGUACGUGAGCGUGGCCAGAAAGGAUGGGAAACCUGAUUUUCGCACGUUCGUCCAGAAGCGUGCGUCGGUGGGAGAUGGAAUGAAGGAUGUGGGCGUGCAACUGAGGCGCGAUCCUACGCGGAUAGCUCGAAGAGGAACUGAUGGCAUGCGCAAUGCCCGGAGCUCAGGCAUUGAUCGGAGCAAGACCGUGCGCGACCUGGGCCAGGACCUUGCGCAAAAGAAGAAGAUGAUUGUCGAGAUCGAAGAAGUGGUUGACUUGAGCACCUUGGAUGGAGGCAACGCAGAUAAUCGCCAGAGUCGCACGUUCGAGUCCAUGUCCAUGAGGCAGAGUGUGCUGCCCCAGGAGACGAAGAGCUACUUUUUCCCCGAUGAUCCUGAUAUCCCCAACUGGAAACCAUGGUCAAUGCGGCCUUGGUACAUUUUGUCCUUGAUGGCCCUAGCACUGGGUUUGGCGGGCUUUCAGGAAUACCUGUGUCAGCGGUCCUUCAAAAGCGUCAGAGAACACAGUGGGAUCCUCGCCUUCGAUGCUGUGGCGGAAAUUUCGACCUGGGACUUCUUUGCAUGGAAGUAUCUUCCCACGAUGAUCACCAUUGUCUACGCAGUUCUGUUCUCGAUCAUGGAUUUCGACAUUCGCCGUCUCGAACCUUUUUAUCAAUUAUCACGACCUCGAGGUGCCUCUGCAGCUGCCUCGCUGAACUUGGAUCACUUGACCAUGUUCCAAUACUUUGUUCCGUUCAAGGCGUUUCGACUCCGACAAUGGGCGGUGUUCUUCUCGACCACGGGCAAUAUUGUUGCCUCGAUGGUCUCGCCUGCUCUGCAAAAUCCCUCAAUCACAUUUGUCACGAACCCUGAUCCCAAAUGUAAUGUCGAUGGAUGCCCUGGUGAUGAAAAGCAUUAUUGGGUCCGAAUCUCACCAGUCUGGUCUCGAACCUUGUCCGCAAGCUAUGUGUUUGUGGCAAUCGUGCUUGUGAUCCUGUUCGUUCAGUUGCGGCGCAAGUCCGGACUCCUCAGCGACCCAAAAGGUAUAGCUGGCAUUGCAUCCAUGGCCACCAAGUCGCAUAUUCUCCAGGAUUUCGCGGGGCUGGACGAAGCAAACUGCGCAAAGAUCCACAAACGAUUGGAACAUCGACGAUAUGUGCUCUACAAAUCUUCCAUCUGGCAGGGCGAAUGGAGCUCGCAGAGUGACCCGCCACAGGAUAGCGAGAGGAAGCUCACCAGUCCGCAUCCAUUGAUGCUGCAGAUGCAAGCGGCCAUUCCGUUUCUUGCCUUUAUGGUCUUUUGUCUGGUGUCGGUACCCGUCAUAACGCUGACCAAGGCGCGGGUGGUACCGAACGCUGCGCCGUGGCUUCCCAUUCUCGUGGCUACGGGCUUGAAGUUGUUUUUCAGCACGUUUGAGGCCGAUGUCCGACUUAUGGAACCAUUCUAUCAGCUUUCGCGGGGAAACGCCAGGCCUGAAAACAGCCUGACUCUGGAUUACCAGGCGACUAUGUACGGGAUCAUGCCCUUUAAGGCGCUCGGUAAUCGCCACUAUCUGCUGACACUCGUCGGCGUGUCCUCGGUAUUGUUGGAUAUCCUGGCGGUGACUGUGAGUUCCUUCUCGGUCAACUCGGAGGAUUUUAUGCACGUGGGAAGUCGCGGCGAGGACCGGUCCAACGGCGACGAGACGUUCGUGUCGUUCUGGACUUCGCUCGUUCUCUCUGCAUUCAUUUUGGUUUUUGUCAUUUUCACAACAUCGCUGGUCUAUUGGCGACGGCGACACCCGUUCCUACCACGCGAGCCGUCCACAAUUGCGGCGGUGUUGGCCUUCAUCUACGCCAGCAACAUGCUGACGGAUUUUGUUGAUACCGAGACGCUGAACAACAAGGCGAUGGAAAAGAGACUGAAAGGCAUCAACAAAAGAUACGGACUGGGGUGGUUUAGAGGGAGAGACGGACAGAUUCACUGUGCGAUCGACGAGGAGCCCAUGAGGAGUAAAUACGUGCAUGGCAAGCCAUAUACAAUGGCACAGGCUGGACCGUUACAUGAGCCAUAUUAUUCGGUGGCAUAA